ACACCUGUAUGACCAGUAUCAGCAGCAGCAUCAAAGGUAGAAAUGAUUGUCUUGUGUGUUUCAGGCUAAAGAGGCCAUCUUGGAAAUGGAUUCCAUAUACCCUCCCAUGUAUCGGUACAGUCCUGAGCGACUGAAGAAAGCUCUGUCUUGUCAGUCUGAUGAGUUUCCACCAGACGGUCGUCAGGGACGACGACAGUCCGAGCCGAUCAAAGAAAUACUGAAGAGCAGCAAAGUCAUCCUGAAGGAAGACCAUGAGGAAGAGGAGGAGCUCUGCAGCAGGAAAGACUCAGUAGAGCAACUGAUCUCGGUGUAUGAGGAGGAGGAGGAGGAGGACUUCACCGCCUCCGUUCUGGCCGCCGUCUCCUUUUGGGCCCAGACUCUGUUUCCAACAGGCGUUACCAUGGAGGCAGACGAAGGCGGAGUCUCCUCUGAAGGCUGCAACGAGAAAAAUGGCCCACUUCCUGAAGAAGACGAGCCAGGUGGAACCGAACCGACGUGUGAGCCGGUAAAUGAUAGCACCACGGACGACUCGCAGCCCUCCACGGAUAAGCUGCCACAAGAGAAGACGUCAGAGUCUGAACCAACUGAGAUCCCUGAACCAGAACCCUCCUCCGAUCCGGACAGUUUGUCUGCUACUCGUCCCGGGAUCUCAGCGUCCCCUCAAAGCUCAGAGGAGCAGAAACCUGAAGGAGAUCCAGAAUCCACGGAGCAACCGUCCUCUGCCGCACCUGAUUCAGACUCAAAGACCUUGAGUAGCGGGGAAUCCUCCUCCUCCGAGGAUGAGGAGGAUGCGAAGGAGGCGCCGGUGAAGGAGGGUGAAGCCGCCAGCAUCCUUCCUUCGUCUGUCCUGGACAAAGCUAGUGCCAUCGCUCAGCACUUCACCCCCAGCAUCAAACGAGGCACCCUGGUCCAGGACGACACCCGCUCCCUUGGCUGCGCGUCACCGCGGCUACUCAGCAGGACCGGCAGCAGCCUCAGCCUCAGCCCCGAACCUGCCGAAAGGAUGUUGAGGCUCAACAGUAUCUGUUCUGAUCCUGUAGAGACCUUCGGCAUGACAGAUUUGACCCUGCUGUCUCCUCGGGGGGACGACCUCUUCGACGCUGACCGAGGCAUUCGGCGGAGGAGGAACUCCACCCUGUCCAAGCAGGACCAGCUGCUCAUCGGCAAAAUCAAGAGCUACUACGGGAACGCCGAGAACAAGGAUGCCACCUUCAGCCUCCAGCGCAGAGAGAGUCUGACCUACAUCCCCACUGGGCUGGUCAGGAGCUCCGUCAGCCGGCUCAAUAGCAUCCCGAAGGAUGAAACCGUCCAGACGAAUCCCUCCACCUCCACCACAUCCUCCGGUCUGGAGUCGAGCUCGGCUUUACCCACGGAUACCUCGGGUCACAUGGUCUCUAGUGACUCUUUGGACUCUUUCAGGUCUGAUCAGAGAAGCACAGAUCCAGAAGAUUCAGAAGACAGCCGCUGGUCCAGAUCUCAAAGCUUGCAGGACAAUCCAUCUGAGGACGAAGAGUUCAGACCUUCCUCUGAAAUGAUCAAGAUCUGGCAGACGAUGGAGCGAGAGAUCGACCGAUCUCAAAGCGACGGCGGAGGGCGCAAACAAUCCCAAGAAGCUCCGAGAGGAACCGGCAUCAGCCUCUCUGUCAAGACCUCAAACAAGAGCUGUGACGAAGAGGGCGGAGCGUCUGACCUCAACACCAUCACUGAGGAAUCCACGAGUCCUUCACCCCUCAGGCUCAGAUCCUCCGGCGUGAGUCGGACAGGAAGUCUGAAGGACGCCCUGAAGGUGUUUGGGGAAGGUGUUUGGGCUCCGGUUCCUCGGGUCGCCCGGCUGAAGGCGGUGGGGGAAACAGCCGACAAGGACUCGAACCAGCUGGACGACGUGGACAAGACCAAGAGCAAAGUCCUCAAUCUAGCCCGCCAGUACAGCCAGCGGAUCAAAACCACCAAACCGGUGGUCCGACAGCGGAGUCAGGGAGUCCUGAUGGGCAGGAGGACUUUAUCCUGUGUAGUGGAGGAGAAGGAGGCUCCAGGUAAACCCAACCAGACUCUGCUGGUUUCUCAUAACCAGGCCACCUCUCUACCGCUGAGCCCCGUGGACCAGGUCCAGAGUCUUUCCUGCAGCUUGGCGGUCGUGGAUCCGGGUCGAGCUCGCUCCCGCAGUCCUCUGAACCCCCUCAGCGCCCCCCCUGCCAUCGAGGGCUUUGACUGGCCCGAUGUCCGAGAGCUCCGCUCCAGAUACUCGGACCAUGGCCGCCCCCAGCAGAGUCCCGUCGGCCGGAGUCUCUCCAUCCCGGAGCAGAUGUUUGACGGAGGUCUGAGGAGGCGCUCCAGCUGCUCCUCCAGCCUCCUCCUCGCCGCUGGGGCUUCUGCCGAGGUUCCCUCGUACGGCCGGGACGCCGGCAGAGAGGAACGCAGGAAGCGUCUGCAGAGAGCGAACUCUCUGGACCCUCGGCUGAGCGGAGCGCAGAGGACCGAGCUGCAGAAGCUCCAGGACCAGGUCGCUAUCGGAGACCACGACGGGUACUACGUGGCGGCCGAGGCGCCGCUACCAAACGAUGAGGAGCACAAGAUCAUCGUGGUGGAGAAGCUUCCAGAGGCUGAAGAAACACGAGAAGAUGAGGACGACAACUACAUCCAGAUCCGUUCACCCACCAGCAGGGAGAAGAUCUCCAUCAUGGCCGUCAUCGACCGCUGCCGCGUCUACCAGGAGUCCGACGAGUACAAACAGAGGCAGGACGUCAAAAUGAAAACUGAGCUCGCCGCCGCCGCGGUGUCAUCCUCCAACCGUCGGGACGAUGAACCGCAGACCGCAGGAUCGAACUCCGGACCGAAGACAGAAGCCGGUCAGCAGAGCGGAGUGAAGAAUCUGAGAGAACGGUUCCAGAGCCAGAGCUGAAAAAACCUCCAACGAAUCAGAACUUAAUGAAACUAGAGAUAUGUAAAUACUCAUGUUACAGCAGACAGCAGACAGAUUAUUUACUGAGAUUAUGAAAGAAUCAUUUUAAGCAUCAUUUAAACUUUUCCAGUGUUUAGAUGACUAAAUGCCUUUUUAUGUAAAAAUCCAACAAACAACAAAGCGUCCUCUGGAAUUACAAAUAUGUAAAUAUCUUAAAAUGACCUUCAGUCAGAAUAAUAGUUCAAAGUUAUGUGGUGAACCGGCUUAUAUAAUAUAAUAUAAUGUAAUGUAAUAUAUUAUAUUAUUAUAUAUUAGCUUAUUGUAUAUUAUAUUAGCUUAUUGUAUAUUAUAUUAUAAUAUAUAUAUUAGAGUUACAGCAGAGACUGUCUAAAUCAAAGCUGAGGAUUCCUGCUGUCAGUGAACUCACCACUAAACAGUCACAUUUCUAACCUCACAGAUUCUUUUGUGUAUAUAAAGUUUUUAGAACAUUUUUAGAAAAGAAACAAAAGGGAAACAAGAGACGUUAGACUCUAAAUGAAAACACACUUUAACUUUAACACCAAUGACUCGUGACGUCACUCGAAAAUUCAAAAUAACGUUAAAGCUUUACGUUCACGAGUCGCCUCUGAAUUCAAGAGAACCAUAAAGAACUGACCGAUACCAAAGAGGACUUAAAGGAAGAACGUAGAACCUGGACGGACUGAGAGCUAGCUUGUUAGCAUACAGCUAGCUCGUUAUCUAACAGCUAGCUCGUUAUCUAACAGCUAGCUCGUUAGCGCGUUAGCUAACAGCUAGUUCGUUAGCUAACAGCUAGCGUGAAUGUCAGGAUGUUCUUCUGAUAAUUAGAUGUUUUAAAGACGGAAACAACGUUAAACGUUCUUUUAAAAACCCGCUCACAUAAACACGGACGCUAAUAAUCGAUCAAUAAAAGAGAACUUCUAAAUAAAAUAUUUAAAAAAUAUAAUCUCCUUCAUGGUUCUGAUAUUCUUUCAUUAUGCAAAUUACCUAAAUAAUUUCACCCUCCGUAUAUAAAUUAUGGUGAAUUUAUUCAUUAUAUUUUAACGUGUUGAUUUCUAUAUUUUUGUGCCUUUUUUAGUUUUUCUAUUUUUUGUGAAGUUUUAUUUACUUUCUUCAUGUAUUUAUUUCCUCAUACGUUUUGUUCUCCGUAAACAAAAGUAACACCUAGAGCAGCUCUAUAGAGCAGCUCUUAACCAAUCGAUUCAUUUUAGCACCUUGCUCGGUGGCACGCUGGCACAUUUGGGACUCAAACCUGUGACUUUCUUUUUAACCACUGUUGCGCACCAUGUUCCUCCUAUUUAUUUCACCUGAUGUAGAAACAAUUCUGUUGUCUGUAUUUCUAUAACUGUGUGUGUGUGUGUGUGUGUGUGUGUGUGUGUGUGUGUGUUGUACACAGAUGUUUGUGUCUUCUGUUCCUUAUUAAAGCCACUGAGGGUCA